AACCUGAUAGCGAUUUCACGCUUUGGGGAAUUCGAACACAUUGAAAUCGGAGCCCCUACAGAGAAAAGGAAAUGCAAAACGGUACUAAGAUCCGACCCGAAUUCAGAUCCAGUCACAAACCCUGAUGAACGAAAACGCAAGAACAACACAACGCAAUCCCUAGCUCGAACCCUCGUUCCGUUUCCCUCCUUUACUCCACAUCGUCGCACUCAUGACCGUCGUCACGCGGAAGCGACGCCGCGGCACGACGACGAGGCUUCAAGAUCCCUCUCCUUCUCCCCUGGCGGUGGCGCUGCCGGAGGAUCUGAUGAUCGAGAUCCUGUCUAGGGCUCCGGUGAGCGAUCCGCUUCAGCUGAGGUGCGUGUGCAAGUGGUGGAAGUCGCUCGUCUCCGAUCCGCAGUUUGUGAAGAACCACCUGUCACGGUCGAUCGCGGAGAUCAACGAUCUCGCGUCGAAGGCGUUGGAGGACAUGAUCGCGUUCGAGCUCCAGCUGAAUCAUGCGCCUCCCCCUCCGGAGCCGGAUCCGGAAGAGGAGGAUGGUGCGGCGGCGGAGGAGGAGGCGGAGGAAGACGCGGCGGAGGAAGAAGUUCGUGCGAUGAGGAAGGAGCUUGAUAACAUGUUAACGUUGGUUAGGUCCUUGAAACAAAGCUUGGAAACCAUAAAAGUGGAUGUGCAAGAAAUCAUGAGUCGAAUGAGAUGCCUCCAAAGCUUUCUCCAGAUUUAUCUCAAAACAGCAACGCAAUCUCAAUGAUCUCUCAAUCUUCUCCUGUAAUUGAUUUUUCUAACUGUUCCUUUUUCUUUAUUUUCUUUUUUAUUUUCAUCUGGUUUUAGUGUCCUACUUUGAUAUAUCUUGAUGUUUGAGUAGAAGUUUGUUGAAUGUUGAAAGCUAGGGACUUAAUUUGAUAUCAUAUCAUCUGAUUGUAACUAAAGAGGGGGCUAAGGCGCAAGGCAUAAGGUGAUUGUGAUUUGAUUUUGUGGACAAAGACACAUUAGUGGUAGUAGUAGUUGUUGUAGUAGCUGCAGUAGUAGUUCUUUCAUGUGUUGUUGCUAGUUGCAGGAGCAACAACGAAACCAACCAUCCUGGGAAUUGUAAAUAUAGUAAUGAAUUUCAUUUUUCUUA